CUGCCGCCAGCCUGCGCGCCGGUGGAAGCCGUAGUGCCCGGUGUGUCCCUCCGAGCCCACUGAGCGCCGGCCCGAGUCUGCCGCUGAGGCUCAGAGUCGUUCGUAGGUCGGGGCUGACCAGAGAGGCCGUCCCCUGUCGUCCUCAGAGGGUCGCCGCAGCCAUGUCGCCCCUGCUGCCAGCAGUGGUGGCAGCUCUGCUGACGGCGGCAGCACUGCCAGCGCAGUGUUCUGUCCAGCAGCAGCAGCAGCAGCAGCAGCAGGUCGCAGCGGGACUCUACAUCACUCCUGAUGAGCUGUGGCAGCUUGUUGAUCGUGCCGUCACCGCCGCCAUUCAGCCGCUGACCAUCAAACUGGACAGCCGCAUCGACACGCUGGACUCCAGACUGGAUGUGCUCGACGCCCGACUGGACAGAGUAUUCGAACAGGAGCGCAAACAGGAUUCUGAGAUUGCAACGGUCAGGUUGCAACUGGGAGACGUUGAAAAACGUCUGAGUGAUCACAACCUUCAACUACAAGGACAGCAAACCAAAGUUGACAACCAUGAACUGCUGCUGAACGUGACGCCAUCGCAGUUAGGAAUCGCGGAGUCCCGACUCGAUGAGCAGGUAUUGCGACUCCAGAAACAGGACUCACUAAUUGGUCGACUCAGAUCGAGAAUCGACUCGCAUGAUUCGCGCCUCGACAGCCAAGCGUCUCAGGUCAGCCUCUACGAAUCCUCUAUUGGUAAACAUGCAUCUCGAAUUGCCGAGCUGAACUCCAGUCUGGAGACGCUUCAGAGCAGGACCGGUGGUCAGCGGGCGCGGAUUGAUGGGAUCACCCUCCGCCUUGACGCCGCUCAGAAUGCCUCGACCGAUGGUGACUCUGUAGCCCGGGACUGCAGCGACCUACCGGUCGGCUCCCAGAGCGGCAUCUACCUGCUGCGGCCCGGUCUGGGGGCCGCCGGAGAGGUGCCCGCCUACUGCGACCUGGAGACGGACGGCGGACGGUGGACCGUCAUCCAGCGCCGGGCGGAUAUCGAGCCCCGCGAGGACUUCUACCGGAACUGGACCGCCUACAGGGAAGGAUUCGGAGAGCUUGAUAGCGAAUUCUGGUGGGGCCUCGAUAACAUGUGGACUAUGACAUCACCAAGAGAUCGGCGAUAUGAACUGAGGAUUGACUUCGGGGAUUUUCAAGGUGGACGGAGACAUGCACUAUACCAGAACUUCCGCAUCUCCUCUGAAACGGAUGGAUAUCGACUUCAUGUUUUCAACUACAGCGGAAAUGCAGGGGACUCGCUAACUUACCACUCAGGACAACGAUUUACAACAAAAGACAGAGACAACGAUGGUAGUAGUAAAUCUAACUGUGCCAAAUUCUAUGAGGCCCCUUGGUGGCAUAAGAAAUGCCACUUUUCCAGCUUGAAUGGCAAGUAUCUUUCCGGUGAGCACAAACAAAAAGGUCACGGUGUCGUAUGGGACGGCUGGCGGGGUAGCGACUAUUCCCUGAAAACGGUCACCAUGAAGAUUCGUCCCACCAGGAUAGCUCUGAAUGAUGGAUAAACAGCGGCACGCCAAGUGAUUCUCCACGCUUCUGUGCUUCAUUUUGAUUUUUGACUCGUCGUUGUUUUAAAGCGUUAAAAAACGCGCAGGAAUUGAUAGACGCAACGCACGUAAAAUGCACGAAUAUGUAAUAUUUACCUGCGCCCCUCUGGGACUCCUGGAUUUCCACGCCCUGCUCGGGGCGGAGGGUUGUUUAAACACCCCCUUCUAAUUCGGCUCCUGGGCCAUGCGAUACGGGGAAGGCAACGUUCAAAAGAGCGUCAAAACUUAUGACGAAAAAAUUUCAGUCAGUUUUGUUCAGGACUCAGGUCAAAGGUCAGGUUACCAGAGGUCAUUGAAGACCAAAUUUCGCCGAUUUUCAGGUCGAAUAUCUUUUUCAAACAAGGACAAUAUCAAACAAGCCGACGCAUAACUCGGAAACUGAUAGAGCUACAGCGUCCUGGAAAAGCGCAUUUGAUAGCCCUACUAGCGCUCCUUCUGAGUAUCCCGCUCAGAUUUGAACUUACGUGAUAUUGAAAUGUUUUGCCUGCAGGGGACAAUAGCUGCAAAAAUAGACGAUUUUUUUGCGGAAAGCUUUCUGCAAUAACUUUUGAUUCAAACGCUGCACGAGCUUACGGCUUUUACCUGCAUCGUGUCCCUCUAGUCAAGACGCAUCGAAUGUACUACAACUAAAACUUGCCCUUGAAAGGUCAACUUGUUAAUUUGACCUCAGUUCAAAGUGAUGACAUCCACCUCGGCAUCGUCAAGCUGAACACAUUUAAGGCGUUUUCAUCGCUCUAGCAUGCCUCUGUCAAAAGUUAUUCGCGAAAAACUGUUAGAUGCCUUUGGGACCUGGGAUGACCUCAGGGCAUAAACAGGGAUCAUGGGUGCCAUUUUCACGUUCAGUGUGUCAUGUUUACCUAUGGACCAAUAGAUACAUAUUCGCGAAAAACCACAGGGGUCACCCCCCCCCCCCUUCCAGCAGGGCGCGGGUUAAUAAUGAUGAAUGAAAUGAUCCUGGCGGAUCCACGGGGCACUUGGGGCAAUGCUCCCCGCAGCGCCGAAUUCAACAAAAACUUGUUUUUCGACAAUAAAACGAAAACUUAACCUCUAUGGAAAGAAUCUAAAGUACGAAAAUGAAGCGUCGGCUUUGAAAAAAAAAAAAAACGCUAGGGCGAUCGCUUUGCCCCGGUCUCCCCUACUGGUGUUGAACAGUCGGAUUAAUUUUACAACUCUGUUCGUAAACAACAGAUGACGGAAACUGCUGCCGAUUCUCGUUCACUAAAUCUCACCAUCUCCGACAGCAGAGACAGGUGUAAAAAUAAAGACAUCAGGUGAGUGCUCAACGCGGUCAGACAGUCACCUCUCCAUGACCUGUGAGAGCCUGCCAUGGAGCAGUGUCCGCUCCCUGGGGGACGGGGGGUGACUACAUCCGGCAGGCGGGCCUGCGGUCAACCACUUCCCUCAUAUCCGUGUCCAGUGGGAGGCAUAUAACACCGCCGCUGCAGGCUUACUCCCUACUCUGCACAGAGCUCGGUCCAGACAAGCGUCGUGGCGUGUCGUCUCGCUCACUCCCCGAAUAGGACGUCGAGAUUCGUUUCUCUGAAGUACCCCGGUGCAUCACCAGAUAUCCAGCUCGCCGGAGAAAAGUCGUCACCUCUGCCGAAGUUCACCUCCUCUCUCAAUCCCUCUUCCUCUCUAUCCCUUCCUCUCUCUAUCCUGUACCAGCCGUCGCGACAGCCAUGCGCGCCUGCCUGCUAGCGACUACUAUCUUACUAUUAUUCUUCCUCCCUCGCCCGUCAGUCGAGUACAGAGCCUACCGCCGCCACCCGGUCACAUAUCAUCGCCACGUGGCCCCCGUCGCUUCUUCCCGUAUUUCCUCCCUCGCCUCUGCCCGUCCUUUUCUCUCCUCUCCCCUUCUUCCCGCCUGCGCCAGCCCGACUGCCGUGUGCUUUACCAGGUGGAUAAAUCAGUGUUACAGCGACCAAGACUGCCACCAGAGAGGGUACCACUGCUGCCGCGCGCCCUGCAACAACCAGUGCCACAGGCUCGGCUAGACCGAGCUGACAACGUCGUCAGGUGGACGUGGCAAUGUAACAACGGUUGGAAGUACCCUGUGACAAGUGCGACAGACUCGGCUAGACGGAGGAGACACAUGUCAUCAGGUGGAAGCAUCAAUGUAACAGCGUGUAGAAGUUCUGCAACAGCUAGUGUCUGAGACUUGGCCAGACGGCGGAGCUGACAAAUGUGAUCGGCUGGAAGUAACAAUGUAGAAAUGGUUGGAGUAAGCAGUACCAUCAGAGGCAGCUGGAUGGAUGCGACGCACAUCACGGGGGGACGGAUUCUGUACACUCUGCUUCCACAAAUGGGUACUCAGAGCUGACCAACGUCAUCAGGAGGAGAUACGGCGUCAUCGGGUGGAGAGAUGACGUCAUCCGCUGGAGAAAUGACUUCAACGAGUGGAGAGAUGACGUCAGCGACUGAGAAGAUAAGGUGUCGUCAGCGGACAAUGCGGUGCUGGAUUCGGAGCUUGACGGAGUGUGUGCACUGUGCAGCUUGUCGGGCUGCCAACGUCACUUCAGAUAGAGAUGUGUCAUCAAUUUAAGAAAACGUGACGCCUCAUAUAACGAGCUCACCAGAUGUGUCACCAGCUUUUAUAGGGUUCUGAGUUCUCCAAUCAGAAUGGUUUAACUGGCAUUGUAAGACAAGUUGAGUUGACGGUAAUUACCUGACUCGUGCCUUGGAUCACACUGAAUGCACUGGAUCACACCCGCGUAAUAAGGUUGUCGUUUUGUCUGGAUGUCAAAUCCUUUGGUUUAUUCCUUAUAAUAAACUGUUCAGUAUU